GUUCCUUAAAUACCCGCGCCUUGACAUCCGGGUAGUGACGUCACGAGCAGAGGAGGAGACAGAGUCGCGGAGGACGGCCGCCACUCGCCAGAGCCACCGGAGCUUCUCAGGGACCAUCAGCAGGGAGCGCGGCCGACGACAGAGCUAAGAGCUGGGGGAAUGAGCGCCGCCACAAUCCGCUCCCAUCCUCCUCCACCAAGGCACCCAUCCGCCUGACAACCACAGGGACAGAACCUCCGCGCAAGCAGCUCCCCUACGAGGCCAAUAUUGGGCGUGAGUGACUGCCUGCAAUCAUGGAGUUAAGAGUGGGGAACAAGUAUCGGCUCGGGAGGAAGAUAGGAAGUGGAUCCUUUGGAGACAUAUACCUUGGUGCUAAUAUUGCCACUGGUGAAGAAGUAGCCAUCAAACUUGAGUGUGUGAAGACCAAACACCCACAGCUGCACAUUGAGAGCAAGUUCUACAAGAUGAUGCAAGGAGGAGUGGGUAUUCCCUCCAUAAAGUGGUGCGGCGCAGAGGGAGACUACAACGUGAUGGUGAUGGAGCUUCUCGGUCCCAGUCUUGAGGAUCUUUUCAACUUUUGCUCGCGCAAGUUCAGCCUUAAGACCGUCCUGCUUCUGGCAGACCAAAUGAUAAGUCGUAUCGAAUACAUCCACUCCAAGAAUUUCAUUCACCGCGAUGUGAAGCCCGACAACUUCUUGAUGGGGCUCGGCAAGAAGGGCAACCUGGUGUACAUCAUCGACUUCGGGCUGGCCAAAAAAUACCGCGACGCCCGCACACACCAGCACAUCCCCUACAGGGAGAACAAGAACCUGACCGGCACGGCACGAUAUGCCUCCAUCAACACGCAUCUUGGGAUCGAACAGUCCAGACGUGACGACCUGGAGUCCCUUGGCUACGUCCUCAUGUACUUCAACCUGGGCUCCUUGCCAUGGCAGGGCCUCAAGGCUGCCACCAAGAGACAGAAGUAUGAGCGCAUCAGUGAGAAGAAAAUGUCCACGUCGAUUGAAGUUCUUUGCAAAGGAUACCCUUACGAGUUCUCCACGUACCUCAAUUUUUGCCGAUCGUUUCGAUUUGACGACAAGCCCGAUUACUCCUACCUGCGCCAGCUCUUCAGAAACCUCUUCCACCGGCAGGGCUUCUCUUACGAUUACGUCUUUGACUGGAAUAUGCUCAAAUUCGGUGCCACUCGGACAGCUGAAGACGGGGAACGGGAAAAGAGGACUGGAGAUGAGCGGGACGAUCGGAUCGGUGUGGCGCCCAAGGGCUCUGCAGCACGAGGCCUGCCCCCAGGACCUAACCCUGGACCUGCCGGCAGAGUCCGAAAUGGACCGGAACAGGCGGUUUCUAACCCUGCCUCACGGGUGCAGCAGUCUGGUAACACGUCGCCUCGCGCCAUCUCUCGUGCGGAGAGGGAGAGGAAGGUGAGCAUGCGGCUCCACCGUGGGGCUCCGGCUAACGUCUCGUCCUCUGACCUCACCGCACGUCACGACCAGUCCAGGAUUUCUACGUCACAGGUCAGCAUGCCGUUUGAGCACCUGGGGAAGUAGACCAUGGCCAGACAAGAUGGAUGCCAACAGAACUUUUGACCAUGCCCAGCAUCUGACCUUUUUACGGAACCCUUUUGUCAGUCCCUGGAUGGUCGUCACGGCAACUCAAGAAGAAAAGGAGUGACACUAGGACAUUAUUAUUAUUAACACCCCGUGGUUCUUUCCUCCUACCGAGCUGGUGUGGGAGGACAGAAAGGCAAAAGGAAGUUGUUGUUUUAAAACUUAGUAGAAAUGGUUGGAAAAGGUCACCAUUAAAAUGAGGUUUUGUUUUUAUUUCCUAUGUGCUGCUUGCUGCCCCUUCACCCCUUUUGUGCUGUCAUGUCUACGUCUUUAUUUAUGUGCGUGUCCUAUUUCCCUAAGUCCCAAGGCCAGGUCCCUGGGGAAGGAGCGGACACCAUUGCCCCCCCCCC